CACUCAUAUAAAGGCGGAAAGACUGCCAACUUCCUUCAGGUCCACGGCCCAUGCAGCACAUGGAAUUUCAUAACCGGAGCGCUUCCUCUCUCCUCCCUGCUCUCUCACCCUCCACUCUCCCUUCCUCCCUCACUCCCUCUCCCUUCCCUCCCUCUGCCUUUCCCACUGCACUGGGGUCACCGGCCCCCUGCCUCCCAGCCUACUCCCCAAAACUGUCUGCGUUCCUGGUGCCAGUCCUGGGUGUGGAGUUCGUCCUGGGCCUGGUGGGGAACAGCUUGGCCUUCUUCAUCUUCUGCGCCUACACGCGGCCCUGGUCGCCCAACGUGGUGUUCCUGGUCAGCCUGGUCAUCGCGGACUUUCUCCUGAUCGCCAACCUGCCCCUCCGCGUGGACUACUACCGCCGCCACGAGACCUGGCACUUCGGGGACGUCGCCUGCAAGGUCAACCUCUUCAUGCUGUCCACCAACCGCACGGCCAGCGUGGUCUUCCUCACGGCCAUUGCGCUGAACCGCUACCUGAAGGUGGUGUGGCCCCACCACGCGCUGAGCCGAGCCUCGGUGCGGGCUGCCUCCUGGGUGGCCGGAGGCCUCUGGGGGAGCAUCUUGCUCCUCAACGGGCACGUGUUCCUGAUCACCUACCCUACCCAGUCCUGCCUCAGUUACCAGCUGGGCAUGCACUCUUCGGCCACAAUCCAGUGGCACAAUGCGCUGUACUUGCUGGAGUUCUUCCUGCCGCUGGCGCUCAUCCUCUUCGCCGUGGUGAGCAUCGUGCUGACCAUCCGGCGCCGCGGCCUGGGCGGGCAGGCUGGCCCUCGGAGGGCCGAGCGUGUGCUGGCCGCGGUGGUGGCCGUCUACACCAUCUGCUUCUUGCCCAGCAUCGUCUUUGGCGUGGCGUCCCUCGUGGCCUUCCACCUGCGUGCCUGCCCUACCCUGGACAUCUGCUCACUGCUCUUCCACAGCUCCCUGGCCUUCACCUACCUCAACAGCGUCCUGGACCCCGUACUCUACUGCUUCUCCAGCCCCAACUUCCUCUGCCACUGCCGGGCCCUGCUGGGCCUCAACCAGGGCUCUCAGGGCCCAGACAGUGAUGAGAACUCCUACCAGCCCCCCGGCUGCAUCCAGAAGGCCUCCAGGAAGGUACAGACCAUAGGGAAGCUGCAAGCGGAGGGCUCACUGGACGUUUCCCUGGACUAA